UACUAGUUACACCAAAUCCAAGUGCAUGCCAAGUUUAUGAAAGCUUAUGCAGUAACUGAAAUAAAGAGAAGAGGAUGAAAAUCAAGUUUCCCUGGUGAAUCUAAGGUGCAAAGUGCCACCCACUACCCUAAAAAAUUGCUUUUGAAGCUAACUGGAAGAACAAGAAGCUCUUUAUUCAGCUGAUCUGGAAUGGGGUGGCUAUCCAGAUUACUCAGAAACGACAAAGAACUGCAUUUGAUAAAGCAUGAAUUUGCUCCUCCAAUUGAAUGUCCUGUAGUUGUUUUCAGAUAUCGGAAAAAUGGCAAAGGGGAAACACUUCAGUCCAAAGCUAUAAAGGGGGAUAAUAAGAUUCUAUCACAAGACUGAAAAGUGAUUGGCUUGUACAUUGAAAAAUAUAAUAUAAUAUGACAAUAGAUUCAAUGGAAAGCCAAAUGAAAAGAGUCAACAACAAAAUUUUCUCUUAUUUUCUGAACCACUUAGCUGUUAUCUCUACUUUUGUGCCUUCUUUUUUCGGCCAGAUUAGUCUUCCUACGCUUGACUUACUUUCAUAUUUCACGCAGAUAAAACCAGAAAAUUUCUGUGCAAUUGUACCAUCAGAAAUGAGUAAAGGUGGCUCACAGAUGAAAUCAUCAGGGUCAGAGAAUCUUACUGGAAAAAAAACAGUUGUGUCAGGAGAAUUGGGUGUUUUAGAUUAGUUCAUCCACUUCUGUUGUUAUGCAAGAACACAUGAAUGAUGGAGAGGUAGAGCUUUCAGAUCAAGCUCUAAUGGCAAAAUUGGGAACUUCUCCUUCUGUGGACUCAUUUCUUGAUGAAUUGUUGAAGAACACUAGAACAUGUACCCACACUCAUACUUGCAACCCACCUGGCCCUGAGGUGGCUGUGCAUACACAUACUUGCUACCAUACACACACUCAAGUUAUUCCAUCCGAAGAAGAUCAUGAUCAUGAUCAUGAUCACUCGAAUGGUAGAGAGCAUUCUGGUUUAAAACCAAGAAGGUCAUUAGGUAAUAGAGAAGCUGUUAGAAAGUAUCGGGAGAAAAAGAAGGCACACGCAGCUUAUUUAGAAGAGGAAGUCAAGAAAUUGCGUUUGUUGAACCAGCAACUAGUUAGGAAAUUGCAAGGGCAAGCUAUUCUUGAAGCUGAGGUAUUGAGGUUGAGAGGUCUUUUGGCAGACCUUAAAGCAAAAAUUGAUGAUGAGUUAGGUGUUUUCCCAUUCCAAAAGCAGUGUCAUACCUCAACUAUAAUGAAGGAAGGUGAUUGCAGUGUGCAUACUGGCGGGACAAUCGGCCUUCGGUGUGAGGGUGAUCUACCAUGCUUUGAUCCACAAGCAGAGCCAUCUUCACAAACUGAUAUCGGUGGAAGUGGGAAAAUGGUGGCAUUGUGGGAAGGAAAUUGCCAUCCUGCUAAAAUAGAUUGUUUAGUUAACAGACAUGAUCAUAUAAUGAAUGCUGAUCAAGGAUGGGCUUUCAACGCGGUCGAAGCAAUGGUAUCAUCUGCAUCUCAAGCUGCUGAAUAAAAAGAGUGAAAUAUUUUGUAAGAUUUUCUUCGAUUUACUGAUGUUGGUAAUUUACGAAAGUAUAGAAUACAGGAGUAUCUUUGCAUAUAUACAUCAAUGUUUUUAGAUACUAAAAUAUACUAAUAUAGAUCUCCAAAUGUUGUCACUGUAAAUCUAUACAUAUAUAGUGCAUAACAGCUUCAGCUCAACAGAAACUUUUGUACUUGAGGACUCUACUUUUUCAUUUUGAUAUCUCAGAGCAGCUUGUAAGGUAACUGUCUUUAGAAAGCACUUUCUCUUGUUCAUGUCAAUGAAUGUGUACAUUGAAGUUUCGUAUAAAAAAUCUGCUGCUUCUUGUUGGAGACUUUUUA